AUGUCACUUAUGCUUUUAAUGUUUUUGUGUCUUUUGGUUGUAACAUGCAACGCAACCAAAGACAUAUUCAUAUUGGCUGGACAAAGCAACAUGGUUGGUCAAGGAGGUGUUUAUAAUAGGAAAUGGGACGGUGAUGUUCCAAAAGAGUGUAAGCCAAGCCCGUCAGUUUUGAGACUAAGUGCAAAACUAGUUUGGGAAGAAGCCCGUGAGCCUCUUCAUAGAGAUAUCGAUGUGAGAAAAACUUGUGGUAUUGGGCCCGGACUUGCAUUUGCAAACGAGAUAGUUAGAAUGAGAGGCGGUGGUGGUAGAAAUGUUGUAGGACUUGUUCCUUGUGCUGUUGGUGGGACGAGAAUUGAAGAGUGGAGAAAGGGUGCUCCGUUGUAUAAUCAAUUGGUGAAACGAUCUAUUAAAUCGGUUAAGAAUGGUGGUGUAAUAAGAGCACUUCUUUGGUAUCAAGGUGAAAGUGAUACUGUUAGAGAAGAAGAUGCUACGAUUUAUAAGAGAAGAAUGAAGAGAUUUAUCAUGAAUAUUCGAUCCGAUCUUAAACUUCCAAAUCUCCUUGUUAUUCAGGUAGCACUUGCAUCAGGACAAGGCAAGUUUACAAAUAUGAUAAGAUAUGCUCAAUUGAGUAUCAAACUUCCUAAUGUCAUGUGUGUUGAUGCUAAAGGAUUGCGUCUCGAGGAAGAUAAUCUUCAUCUUACAUCAAUGUCUGAGGUUCAUUUGGGCAUUCAGCUGGCUCAUGCCUAUCUCGCUUCCUCCAAUCAUCACUUAAAUUAUACACAAAUUAGUUAA